AGCGCAUCCUGUCUCCAUCCCCGCAUUCCUUUCACGCGAACGAGUCCCUUGUGUAAAACGCUAUUUUAUUCCGAUUUUCAAACGCGUUGAGGCCUCAGACUCAUAUGCAGAGGAUAUUUAUGGCGUAUCCGAUAAUCCAGUCUACUUUGGUGUGUUGCAUUGUGACUGUAAGCGAAACUAGAGGAAAAACCAACAAGGGGAAAUUCCUCCGCGCAGCGCGCCAUUGACUGUAAAGACCUUUCAACUUAACAAAAACUGAAGUUGACAAACGUAUCCCUGUCGGCUGAAACUGUGAGAAAGAGUUUGUUUUUUCGGCGGAGGGGGAAAAGCAGAAGAAGACGAUGCGGCACACGGUGGAGCUUUCAGAGGAGGUUGGCGGUAUUCUGUAAAUGAGAGAGGGCUGUAGCGCGGCGUUUUGUUUUGAUUUCCAUGUGAAAUGCAAUUAGUGCUCCGCGGUGCUCGCUAGUUUGGCUCGCGGAGCGGAGCACACUCAACUUGUUUCUCGCACAACAUGGAGCACUACCAGGAGGAUUUGGGACUCCGGGCCAGCACAUUGAUGGAGGAUCUCUCCUUGUACGAAUCGUAUAAGGACGGGAUGUACAACGCGAGGAGAGACUUGGUGAUAAACCCUGAUUUAGACUUUUCGGCUCCGGUAACAGCGGAGCACAAAAGUAAGCCAAUGAAUGGUACCUCUGUGCUCCACCAGCAGCAUCACACUGUGGAGAAUUUCACCACGGGGAAUAAAGUGUACACGGCGGCACCGGUGCGACCUGUGAACUGCACCCGGACCGUGCCUGUGGAUUUCUGCGCCCCUCAAAGAGACACAGGUUACACCGAGGAGGGCUGCUGCACCAAAUCCGAGGUGGCUCUACCCUGUUACACGGGCGCUUCGGAAAGGCACAGGAGGUACUCUCUGGAGGUGCAGGGCCACAGGUAUAGCACCGGGUCCACAUUUGACGGCGUGCCUCUCAACAAGCCGGUGCCUCUGCCCGGCAACAGGUGCAACAGCGUCUGCAUCACCAGCAGCCACGACGGGAGAUACAACGCCACAAGCCCCCGGUCCAGCUUAGCAUCGUCCCUGUCCUCCCAGGAGCAGAGCAAGCACGCCAGCCCGAGGUCCAGCAUCAGCAGCCCGCGCACAAGUCUUGUAGUACCGGGUCAGGACAGAUACACGAGCCCCAGGUCUAGUUUAGUACACUGUGAGGGCAACAGCGUCCUUAGUCCUCGAUCCAGCUAUGCAAGCACGGCCAGCGACACCAGUAAACACUCCAGCCCCAGAACCAGCCUCAACAGCUGCGACUGCUGCAGCAAGCCCAGCAGCAACCGAACCAGCGGCAUCAGCAUGGGCUACGACCAGAGGCACACCAGUCCCAGGUCCAGCACGGCAAGCCAGUACUCCUUCACUACCAGUCCGAGGUCCAGUUACUCUGACUCACGAUACGGGCCCGGGGGCAACCACGAUUUGGAUGGGGCGCUUUUACAUCCAGUACCGAGUCCUCGGUCCAGCAUAUGCAGCCAAGACGGGAAUGCAAGACCGGGAACCACCGCUAAUUGCGUGGUCAGUCCCCGCUCCAGCAUCUCCAGUCACAGCUCCAGAAGUUCCCGCAGCUCCAGGGGGUCAAUGAGCACCUACCCGGACCUGCAGCUGCCCUCACCCAGGUCAUCGAUGCUGGGAACAAGUUUACACGAGGACACCUUGUUGCAGGAGUUCGGGGACUCCAACGGCAUCCAGAACCGCCUCCACCUGCAGGGACUCUCUGCGGUGCCUGAGCCCCUGCAGCAGUCAGUUCAGACGGGAGGACCCGCGGAGAUGACCGCUGGGUCACCCUCAUCGUUAAGCUAUGGGGUGUCCUCUAAAGUAGCGUCCUCUGGCCAGAGGUUCAAGAUACCUUACCAGGUGACCCCGAGCAGGGAGAGCGGGCCAAGCCAGGCGGAGAGAAGGCUGGAGGCGCUCACCCUGGAGCUGGAGAAGGAGUUGGAGAUGCACAUGAAAAAGGAAUACUUUGGUAUCUGUGUUAAAUGUGGAAAGGGAGUGUACGGAGCCAGCCAAGCGUGUCAGGCCAUGGGGAACCUGUAUCACACAAACUGCUUCACCUGCUGCUCAUGUGGUCGGAGGCUGCGAGGGAAAGCAUUCUACAACGUCAAUGGGAAGGUCUACUGUGAGGAAGACUUUCUGUACUCUGGUUUCCAGCAGACGGCUGAGAAGUGCUUUGUGUGCGGUCACCUCAUCAUGGAGAUGAUCCUCCAGGCGCUCGGCAAGUCCUACCAUCCAGGCUGCUUUCGCUGUGUGGUGUGUAAAGAGGGUCUAGAUGGAGUGCCUUUCACUGUAGAUGUGGAGAACAACAUCUACUGUGUCAAAGAUUACCACACGGUGUUUGCUCCUAAGUGUGCCUCCUGCAACCAGCCUAUCCUCCCUGCCCAGGGCUCUGAGGAAACCAUCCGGGUCGUCUCUAUGGACAAGGACUAUCAUGUGGAGUGUUACCACUGUGAGGACUGUGGCCUCCAACUAAACGACGAAGAGGGACACCGCUGUUAUCCACUGGAAGGCCACCUGCUCUGCCAUGGCUGUCACAUCCACCGGCUCCAGUCGCAGGUACCCGCCCACAUGCCCCCCAGCUACCCUCUCCAUGUCACAGAGCUGUGAGGAGGAGGGUGGGCAGCAACUGAGCCCCGCCUCCCCAGGUGAUCUGAGACACCAGCAACAGGAGGGAAAAGGCCAGAGAAGCCUCCGUGUGGCCGUCUGAGCUGAACUACCAGGCCGUGGACUAACAUACACUGUGCAGCUCCCGCCACAGGGCCUGCUGUCUCAUGACAGGGAUGGGAAAAAAAGGGUUUCCCCUCCUCCUCCAUCUGUGGUCCUUUCCUCCCCCUUCCCUUGGGGUGCCUAACCCUGAAGACCAACACGCCGGCUCAGCCAGAGGCCCCUGGUGACGUCACACCGCCUGACCCCUGCAUAUUCAUCAAAGAGAGAGGGUUUUUUUCUAAUCAGAGGAGAGAACUCUAACUCAUCUCUCUUCCUUUCCUUGUGUUGGAUUCCUGUGCUUUGACUGAAGCGGUUUAACCACCUGAAUUAACCGCUGACGUUGACGUCAGGCAGGCUAGGAAGCGAACCGCUGCAUUCCAGUGCUGGCCGGACUGGAUGUACCCCAGGGUGGGCAUGCUUUGCCUCCAGAGCGGGCCCUCUCUCAGUGCAGCUUCUAAUACUGAAAUGGAGUCCUGCUAAAGGCUAUGCAAAGGACACCCAGCAUCAUGACCCAGGGCUGUGAGAGAAACUAUGAACUGCACCACCCCGACAUAACAGAUGCACCGUAGCAGCACAAGCCCAGAGGACCGACUGACAUUCCACUUAGAAGUCUUAGAUGAGACCUCCAGAGAUUCACAAGCAGUGUCUUAAUAAUGAUUAUAUUAUGACAGAAAAAGAAAAUUUUAGAUGCACAUAGAUUGUCUUUUAUAUAUGAAUAUAUAUUUUGCAGAUGUUUUCCACAUAAGAUCAUAGAUGUAGAUUUUUGUUUUGUGCUCGCAAUAGAUUCAGAGGUGGAACAUGCUGUCUGUCACACAGUCUGAAGCUUCUUAACAUUUUGGGUAUGUUGUAUCAUUUCUCCUCCAGGACACAGAGCCUCCUCAUGUCUGUCUGUGGGUUGCAGAUCCUCAGACUGUGUAGGAGCAGACCUGGCUCCAAAAGCAUUUGCCCUCAAUUUUUUCAUUCCAUUUUUAGUUCCAAAGGUUUAACCUGCCAAUCAAGGUUUUGGCCGUACAUGUGUUCGUUUUUAGAAAUCCAUAUCCUUUCUCUGCAGGCUGGGGACAGCUUUAACACACAGAUCAGACAUGUCUGCUCACCUUAAAUGCACUGUCUUCAGUGCAGAGCAGAUCCCCUUUAUAAUGCCUUAAUAUUUUUUAACAGUUUGGUACAUAAAUGUAAACAUGCAUGUGCAAACCUACUUGUUAUUCUUCUGAGUUGCAGAGUCUGAGCUUCAGUCGGGGCACUGCUAGUUUGCCAAAUUGUCACGCAGACCUCAAAGAUUAAGAUUUAAGCUUAAUCUGAAAAUCUGAGAGAAAUUGGUCUGUAAAUACUGAGUUUAGGCUUUGUGGUGGAGCACUAAAAGACCUGCAUCUGUCAUUAAAGUCAAAUAUCGUCUCAGGUCAAAGAAAAUAAAAAUACAAAUAUUACCCAAACUGAAGUAAUAUUAAACUCUGAGGUUUGAACAACUACUACUGCAACUGGAGAGCCUUCUUUGAACAAGAUUUUGCUAAAUGAAUCUUUGCCAAAAUCAUGCUAUUGACUGCUUCUCCCCUCCAAAAGGAAGAGUAAUUUCUGCCCCCCACACUGUCUGAAUUGCACACCUCACUCGUCUGGUGCUCUAAGAGGAAUCAAACAGAAUGAAGGAUUAAUUAUCAAAUACUUUUGCCCCAGGUCUGUUCAGGAGUGUUUCUAUAUGUGUUUUUCCAGACACUGUGUUUUUUUUCUUUGUCAUAUGAGCACUGAGAACACAGUGUGUUACCACAGUGUGAACCUCCACUUGUCCACAUGCCUUAGAACACAACAGGUAUGUUUGUGUGUCUCGCUCUGGUUUGUCUGCAGUCUGCUGUUCCAUGUUGUGAGGACGUCCCUAAGAAACCCGGAGCUGCUGGUCCCACCCGGCUCUUUGAGGGAGUCCCUACAUGUUCCCCCUGUGUGUGUGUGUGUGUGUGUGUGUGUGUGUGUGUGUGUGUGUGUGUGUGUGUGUGUGUGUGUGUGUGUGUGUGUGUGUGUGUGUGUGUGUGUGUGCGCGUGCGUGCAUGUGCGUGCGCGUGCGUGUGUAUAUUCAGUAUGCAAAACAGUGACUUAACACGACUGAAACACUUGAAACUGUGAGGUUUGGUGGCACUGGAAAAACUUCUCAACCCCCCCCCCCCACUUGGUUGAUCUUUUUUGUCGCAUUGAUUAAUUCCCUGUACAAGAAGUGCUAUAAGACUUGGUUCAAAAUAUUUGAGGGAACUUUAAUUUUUGAGAAAAAAAUCUG